CCCUAGUUAUUGUCUUGCCAUAAACUCGCUCCUUGAAGCUCUAUAUAAACAACAAGGGCAACCAUGGGGAAGCACCGCAUAGCAAUUAGCAAAGACGAGAACAAAAUUACAGAAGUCUCAAAGUUGUAGAAAUGGCUUAUUCUUUACGCAAGACAUCUUCAUUGUUUCCUGCUUCACUGCUACUAUUUGUUUUCUUCAGCCUCUCAUCGAGAGCUACAGCCACUCUCAUCGAGGAUGUCUGUUCGAAAACCCAGAACCCUCCCCUAUGCUUGGAGGUUCUGAAAGGCGAUCAUCGCUCAAACAAAGCAGACCUCAAGGGCCUCGGCCUGAUCGCCAUUGACAGCGCAGAGAAGUUUGCCAAAGAGACAUCUAAGCUCGUCGUGUCGCUUGUGAAAAAAGCGAGUGAUCCGAAAGUAAAAGGGCGGUACGAGACAUGCGAGGAGAACUAUGACGACACGGUGACAAACCUUGAGGAGGCGAGGCAAGCCUUGAAGUCUGGGGAUAUUCUUGGGCUGAGGACAAGGGCCUCCGCCGCCUUGGACGGGCCGGACACUUGCGAAGACGGCUUUGAGGAGCCACCGGCGGAGGCGCGGGAGCUGCAACAGGCCAAUAAGAAGAUGGAAGGCCUUUGCAGUACUAUUCUGGCUGUCGCAAGUCGUUUGUCUUGA